UCUUCACUCUUCCCUCAGUGCUGCCUUGCCCUUUGCGGAGGCUGAGAAGUGUGAACACAUCCUGUUUAUCUCAGCAGCACCACCACCGUGCUGGGUUCAGUGGCAGCGGUGCAGACACAGCUGGCGAGGCCAUGGAAGCGCUGCCCAUCUACCACGGGGGCAUCACUCGAGAGACUGGGGAGAAGCUGCUGCUGGCGGCGGGUGCUGAUGGCAGCUACCUGCUGCGGGACAGCGAGAGCAUCCCGGGGGUCUACUGCCUCUGUGUGCUGCACCAGGGUUACGUUUAUACCUACAGGGUAUCCAAGACAGAAUCUGGGUCCUGGAGUGCUGAGACAGCACCUGGGGUUCACCGGCGGCUCUUCCGGAAAAUGCACAACCUCAUUUCAGCCUUCCAGAAACCCGACCAGGGCAUUGUUACACCCCUGAAGCAUCCGGUCAUCAACCAUGCGAAAGCCAGGUGUUCUCCAGGUAGGAAUGACGGUCGUGACUACCUGCAGCCAUCAUGAAGACGUUUCCCCGUGGAAUAACCCUAGCUCCCAGUAGUGCCUUCGGUCCUGCUCUAGAACAGCACAAGCUAUGAUAGUUAGUACAACUCUGUGAGUUUUCUUGUAACAUUUGCUGAAAUGUGUUUCAUAGUAUUUCUAGCUCAAAGUUAGCUUUAGGUUUCAGAAUGUUUUUUUUAAAUUUAAUUUUUUUUUUUUUUGGUAAGAGCUAAGAGAAAAGCAUCAACAACUAAAUGGUGUCAUAUCUUUUUUUUUCUUUUUUACAGUCCUAAGUGCAAAAUAUUUUCUAAUCUCAAGACUAGUCACUCUAUUUUACAUAAACUGACUUUCAACUCUUCUAUGCUUUCUUCUGGGCAAGACCCCUUUUGUAGGCUUAGGAAAAUUGCUUAUAUCGAGUGUCCUUUCCUUGAACACAGACUUGGUGUCUGUGUGACUGUCGUACAGUUCCAAAAGGUAUUCCAGACAUGGCCUCAGGAGAAUUCCCACUAGCUGAUUUCCCAUCAUAUCAGGCUCUCUGCAAUCCAACAGAACCACUCAGUGCUGUCUCCAUGUACAAAAUUUAUAAUUUGCACAAAGAAUUGAAAGCUCAAGUAACGUUCUGAGUAAAUGAGAACAAUCACUAGUGGAGAACCUCAUACUUUUUAUUUUUCCAAUAUUUUCUCUACUUGAAAAAGUCACCACCACGUGUAAAUAAAAUAUAUAUAUAUAUGUAUAUGUAUUUACACAAUAUUUACUUUUAUUUCAUUGUCAUAUGUUUUAGUAAGUUGCUGCUGGGCUCCUGUAGGAGAGGCUUACAUCUGGAGGACUUGUUGCCUUGCAGGGUUAGCACUGCCUCCAGUGCUGGAGCACUUGACUGCUUAACUUGGUGAGCUGCCUGGGUUGGCCGGCAGUGGGGAACACUUCCCUACAGACUCGAUGUGCUGGAGCCCUCUUGGUUUGCCUUGUGUUACUUUUCACCAGCAGAUAUGGGCCUAUCACAAAAGCACUCAUUUCAGAGGACACAGCUAAUGUUGAUCGCAAUUGGGUGAGCAUGGACAGCAGGGCGAGGGAGGUGAUCCUUCCCCUCUGCUCUGCCCUGGUGAGGCCACAUCUGGAAUGCCGUGUCCAGUUCUCCUCGGUUCUAAAAAGACAGCAUCUCCUAGAAGGAGUCCAGCAGAGGGCCUGAAAGGUAGUGAAGGGCCGGAAGCAUCUCUCGUAUGAGGAAAAGUUGAGAGAUCUGGGGCUGUUCAGCCUGGGGAAAAGACAACUGAGGGGGGUCUUAUUAAUGUUUGCAAAUAUGUAAAGGGAGGUGGGAGGCAAAGGGAUGAAGACAGGCUCUUCUUGAUGAUGUAUAGCAACAGGACAAGGAAUAAUGGCCUAGAACUUGAACAUGGGAAGAAACAUGCGGAAGAACUUCUUUAUGGCAUGGGUGACAGAACACUGGAACUGGUAGCCCAGAGAGGUGGAGGACUCUCCUUCUAUGGAGCAGGUUGUAUUGCUUAAAUGUCUAAUGCUUGAAUGUUUCAUGCCUGUACUUCCAACUUCUUCAGCACAGCUUGGAAAGCUGGAAAUUUCUGAGAAGAUGUAGAGAGCUUUUCCAAAACCACCAGGCUGCAGGCUUGGGAGAUCAGGACAGAUCAAAUCCCACCAGAUGGGGGCAAGCUGUGAACUAGGGGUAUGGGGAAAGGCAGGGCUGCAGCCAUGUUUGUAGCACCAGGCUACACUGCGGGGCAUCACCCAACCACUCUACCAAGCAGGCAGACAGACUUUCGUAAUCCAUUUAGCUGUUUUGUCCCAGAUUCUGGCUUCUUGUCGCUUCACUGAAAAGGAAACAGUGAAGAGUUAAAAGGGCAGCAAGAACGGGCACUCAGCAAGGUUCAGCCACUUGAAGCAGCAUUUUAGUUUGGAUUUGAUAAGGCUGCAAGUUUUAUCUUUUAUUUUAUUCCUAUAAGUGGCCAUGUGUGUAUGAACGAGAAUGAGAGAGAGGAAGUGCAGCAAUAAAACAUUCAUCAUGAAGCACAAAAUGCUCCUUGUAAACCCUCAAUGGGAGUAAAUGCAAUAAAUAAACAGCUGUGUGAUAACAUGAAGCGGUGGACAAUGCUGUUGCAAAUUUGUGACAAUUGCUGUUCAUUACUCAAUGUCUGUCUAAAUUAAGGCCACAUUUCACAUGUAGUGAAAUGUCCUGCUUCCCCUCCCCUCCACUUUGCAUCAUAUUUUACUCUCUGUAUGUUUUGCUCCAUGUCUCCCUGCUACUUAUGAUUGGUUGAAGCAAGGGUCUUGUCUUCAUACAGUGCCAUACAGUGAAAGAUUCAGCAUGAUUUACUCUUUAAUAAAAUAUUUAAAAGCUGUUUUUUUUUAAUUUAAUUUAAAAUACUGUUAGAUAAUUCAGCAAACGUCAGCAGGAGAGGCGCAGUGCUGAACGCUGCCAGCUCAAAGCACAACAUUCAGCACCAGCUGAUUCUGGGGCUGUGCUGAUUGAACCCCUUCACCUCUUGUCUGUGCCUUAAAGGUUUCCCAGUUUGCUGCAUGUCUGUGGCGGAUGCUCUAUGGCUGUUCCAGGUUUUUGCUCCUGCAAACCUUCCUUUCCAGGUGCAAGCAGUUGCAGAGUGCUUACUGGGGGAGCUCCUUUGCUUUUGGAGUGCUGUGCCUGAAUCCUGGUUUAGGCUGGCUUUCUCAGGACAGAGGAACUAAGACAGGGUGUGCUGAGAAGUGGUUCCUGUAAAUGACAGAACCAUGGUGAUAAGCAUGGCGGUAAGCAAUGUGCCUGAGGGCUGUUCCCUAUAGAAAUGUCCUGUUGACUUCGAGUGCCGAGUGGUGCAAAUCCUAUGGUGCAGUGAGAUGAGGAUAGCUGCUUUGACUAUGGGUGACUCCAGAAGAGCAAUGUUAUUUUUAAAAAUAGAUAAAAUAGGCCAGAAGUUCGCAUUUUAGAGCUAAAGCUGAGAACACUGCAUGUGAGUGAUUAAGAUAGAGUCUUGGCUGUGUUGUUUCUUUUGGGUUCCCUCUGGAAUCUGGAAUUGCUAUACUCUAGAGCACCUCUUGUUUGAAGACAGGUAGAAGAAGCUGGGGUUGCUCAGUCUGGAGAAGGCUCAAGGGAGACUUCCUUGCAGACUUCCAGUGCUUAAAGAGAGCUUAUAAACAGGAGGGAGGAUGACUUUUUAUGUGAUGGUGAUUAUACAAAGGGGAAUGGUUUUAAACUAAAAGAUGGGAGAUUUAGAUCAGAAAUAAGGAGGAAAUUUUCCAGCCAAGAGUGAUGAGUCCCUGACAUGGCUGCCCAGAGAGCUGUGGGUGCCCCAUUCCUGGAGGUGCCCAAGGCCAGACUGGAUGGGGCCCUGGGCAGCCUGAUUUGAAGGGAUGUGUCCCUGCCCACAGCAUGGGAUAGAACUGGAUUAUCUUUAAGGUCUGUUCCAACCCAAGCCAGUCUGUUAUUCUGUGCUUUUAUGAUGCUAUGAUUAAACAAGCUGCAGACAGUCAGAGAAGCUCACACUAUCCAUCACGAAAGGAGCUGGUAUUUGGUUAUAGGCACAGUAACAUGGCAAGUACACAGAUUUCAUGCAUUUACUCUGAUAGGAAGAGCUACAGAUCCUUUUAGAGAGCUGCGUGGGCAGGGCUUCAUCAAGAAACAUCUGUGUCCCCUUGUUCCUUGUUCCUUUCUACCAGCCCCUCUGGGCUCAGCAGCACUGACUGCUCCGUCCCCACCUGCCCUGGAGCUUCUUCUCCUCCCA